CGUCCCACGGUGAUGACUUCAUCUUUCGUACCCUCUGGGACCCUGAUCAUCUUUGCCUUGUUGAACUGUGUCUUUGCAGAUAACCUUGAAGAGGUGAGCGUGGAGGCAGGAGAGGACGUUCUCCUGAAGUGUCAGAGUCCCAGGAACUCCGACAUCAUCGUGGUGGAGUGGCAGAGAGCAGAUAUCGAGAUGGAGGACUAUGUUUUUUUCUACCGAGAGGGACGUCCCUACGAGCGCUACCAGCAUCCAUCCUACUGCGGUCGGGUGAGGAUGGUGGAGCCACAGAUGAAGGACGGGAACGUGUCCAUCAUCCUGUCCAACACCACGGUUAAUGACAGCGGUACAUAUCGAUGCAGCGUCUCGGUAACAGGACCCGCCCGUUGGAGGAGAGCCCCCUCUGUAGUCAUGAACACCAUCAGGCUGACCGUUACACUCUCAGGUGAGUGUGAGACUGCUGUAUGGCCCUCUGGCUGAGGACAUGUAUGUGUAAAGACACGACGGAUUUACUUUUUCAUGUCUUUUGUUCAACAAUACACACAAUGCAACAUACAACACAUGACACCCUGCAGCCUUAGUG